AGCGAGGCGUGACCCGGCUGACGGGCACCGUGCGGCGGGCGCGGAGCCGGACCCGGACCCGGCGGGAUCAGCGGCAGCAGCGGCGGCGCGGGGCGUCGGUAUAGCUCGGCUCUGGCUCUGGCGCGGCGUCUCCUCCACCCCCUCGUGAGCCUGGGGAACCUGCAGCUCAAAGCCGCCGCCAGCCACACCACCAUGUACCCCGGCAACAAGCGGAAAAAGCUGUGGCGGGAGGAGAAAGAGCGUUUGCUGAAGAUGACCUUGGAAGAAAGACGCAAAGAGUACUUGGGGGAUUAUGUUGCGUUAAAAACUAUUCCAACGUGGAUGGAAGACUUAAAAAGUAAGAGUGAAAGUGAUGGUGAAAACGCUAAAGAAGAUCUGCAAGGGAAAAAAAGUCUGAGUGAGAAAGUUUCUCUCUAUAGAGGUGACAUUACGCUGCUUGAGGUUGAUGCCAUCGUUAAUGCUGCUAAUUCCAGCCUUCUUGGAGGUGGAGGAGUGGAUGGCUGCAUACACCGAGCUGCUGGGCCCUGCUUGGUUGCUGAGUGUCGCAACCUGAGUGGCUGUGAGACUGGACAGGCCAAAAUUACCUGUGGAUACGACCUACCUGCAAAAUAUGUGAUCCAUACUGUUGGGCCCAUUGCAAGAGGCCAUCUCACUGACACUCAUAAAGAAAACUUAGCAAGUUGCUAUAAAUCCUCUCUGAAACUGGCAAAAGAAUACAACAUCAGAUCAAUCGCCUUUCCCUGUAUUUCAACCGGAAUUUAUGGUUUUCCAAAUGAGCCUGCUGCUGUCAUUGCCCUUAGCACUAUUAAGGAAUGGUUAAGCAAGAAUCACAAUGAGGUGGAUCGUAUCAUCUUCUGCGUCUUUUUGGAGGUUGACUACAAAAUUUUCAAGAAGAAAAUGGGCGAGUUUUUCCCUCUAGGUGAUGCUAAUGAAGAAGGGCCUCAGCUGAGUGAAGAGAGAGAAGGCCAGCCUCCAUCUCCCACAAAGAGCAAAGAAGAGCAGCCUGAGAACCUGCAGGAUGAUGCUGAAGGUGGUAAUGGCACAGUGGAUAAGCAAAACACCGAUGAAAAUAAGACACAGAGCCAAGAAGCAGGUGAAACAAAAGCUUCAGCUGUAGCCAGCCUAUCAUCAGAAGACAUUGAGCUGAGUGAGAAUAAAGAUUCCCUGAAAGACUCCAAAGGCACGCAGAAGGGUGAUUCAGUGCAUCCUGUGCUGUGUGAACAAGAUCAAGCCAAAGGACAACAGGAUGUUUCUGCAGAUGAGGAGAUGAAAACUGGGGCAGAUUCCCAAGGCUCCUGCAUGGAAAUAGAAGAUCCACCGUUGAACCAAGAAGACACAACAGAAGCUGAGAGUCCUUUGAUACUUGGUGCAGAGGAAAAGGAAGAAGGAAAAGAAGAAGGAGGGAUACAAGAGCAAGAGGAAACUUCCAUGGAGCCUGUGAAAAUUGACCUUGCAAGUCAAGCAGCAGAUGUUUCAAAUAAGGAUGCUGAAAUGAUUAGUCAAGUUGAAAGUAUAAAUGAGCCAAUGGAAACAGAGCAGAAAGCUUAAGUAACAGGAAGGAUGCAGGAGAGGAGAGACCCAAGGAAACCCUACGGGCAGGCGCUGACAUCCUCCAGCAUCAUUCUUGGCCGACAAGAGCACACAGAGAUGAUCAGCGGGUUGGGAGGGGGGGAGCUUUUGGGGGAAUGAGUCUUUGCUUUUGAUUUCUCUUUGUUCUUCAUUGCAUUUCAUUCUGUAAGUCUGUUGGAAAGAACCAUAACUUCCCAGGUCUAACAGUGUUUGGCAAUCAACCCUGCAUUUACAACAAUUUCUUCUGAAAUGUGAGUCCCUCUCUAUACUGGGUCUUUUUUCCUCCUGCAUCACACCAUCAGUAGCCUGUUUCCAGGCCCACCCCUUUUCUAGCAUCUUUAUCUUCUUUCCCAUGAUCAGCCUAUGCUGUGCCAUGUCCUUACAUGUGCCUCAAACAGCCAGCACCCUAAAUCCUGCUUUUUCCAGUUAGUUCUGCACAUCUCAAAACCAGUGCUGCAAGUAUGACCUUUGGGCACAAGCAGGCAACAGACAUUUCCUCAAAGCUGGAAAGACUCUGCAUUAGAGGCACCUUUAAAUACAGCUCCCAGCUUUAACAGCUUCACACAGUAGCUUUUGUGAGCCCUCAUUACAUUUUCCACUGCAUAUGCAUGGAUUCUUUUUUUAAGCAAUUAACAUUUAUUUGGAUAAGAAUGUCUCUCCAUAUGUCAAUUGUUCUGCCAGUAAAUGCUGCACUGAAAUCUGUAGAAAAGGAACAAAAGGUUUUCAUGUACAUUUCCCAACUGUACUGUAACCAAAACUGAUGGAAAAUACACUGGAUGGAAGAGCAUGCAACCUGUGUCCCUAGUGGGAUGUGCUACAAACUGUAUUUUAAAGUGCUGCUAAGAAUAAUUUGGACAUUUUAAGCAAAGUAAUUGAUCCUAAUUUGAUAAUUUUAAGAAAAACAAUUUGUUCUGUACUCUUUAUUUUUUUCACCCAAAAUAUUCCUGAAUCACAGAAUAGGUAUUUAAUAUCUGGCCAGGGAAAAAAAAGUAAGGAAAAAAAUAAAAAGGUGAGACAUAUCUCAGACAUAUCUCUGUCCUGCUGUGAUCUGGGUUCAUCCAUCCCAGCUAGAGCAGUUUCAAUGAUAAAUCCUGUGCUGGAGCAGCAGCAAGUCAAGGCACCUAACACAGGCUGUGACAGUGAGUGGUUGUUGUUAAUUCAAAAGGGUGUCAAGGAAAAACAAGGGUUAGAAAGGAAAACAGGAAAAGCAUCAGAUGACACACAGAGAGCAGAGCUCCCCUCCACCUCCCCUUCUCUGUGGGACUCCAGCAUGUUUGCUGAGGUGGGAUCAGAAGGGUAUUUCUGUGUGCUGCCUCCAGUGGGAGUCACACCCAGGUGUGACUGGUGCCAGAGGGGCUCUCAGGGAGCUUCUUCAUCACCUGGACAACUCCAAGUUGGAUCAAUUGCAGGAGUAAAUGAGCUAAUGCUAAUGUUAUUCUAUUAAUUGGUUUGAGAAUUCUGCUAAGAUAGUCUAUUAUAAUAUAGUCUAUUAAUCUGUUUGAGAAUUUUGCUAAGAUUACCUGGAUUUGGUAACUACCAUUCCUCUGGCUCUUCUUCUCUCCAAACACUCCUGAAGGGACUCCUUGUUCCCUUUGAGGUGCCUCUGAUGCUCUCCUUUCCCAGCCUUGGGGUCAUGCUUGGCAGAGCGUGUCUUUUGGGAUGUGGACUCUUCUGCAUGGUCCCUCAUGUUUCUGUGCAUUUCUCACCCUGUGUUGUUAUGACUGGAGCAGGCUGUCACAACAGGUAGGUCAGGAGUGGAUAAAUCCAUCAGGAGCUGGUAUAGCUGUGAUGGCUUCAACAGACCUUCCAGUCCCCUGAAUGCAGUUCUGCACCUCUUCUGAUCGUGCUUCCCCAUGGCCAGCAUUAACAUUAGCCAUGAAUCAGAUGUCAGAACCUUUUUUCACCAACUUUGGCUUUAGCAAGGGAGCCAAAGGGACAGCCCCACAGGAGGCUGGAUGCUGAGCUCUGGUCCUUCAGAAGGAGAUAAAGAUUCCUUAAAUGUCCUGUGAAGACUGACUGGCAGGUAAAGAAAAAAAAUUAGCUGCAAAGAUGCAUCAUAUUAGACACUCUCCAGCCCCUGGCAGUAGUUUCAUUUUGCUUUUUAUUUAACCUUGGCAGACAGUAGUGAGUCUUUGAAACAACCAUUUGCCCAAUGAUGUGUCAGCAAAGCAUGAAGUGCAGAAAGUGUAAAAGCAAGGAAACCUAUGAGUAGAUUAAAUCCUUACUGUGCUAUUUGCAGCCUUGUUUAUCUCUGUCCUCCUUUGGGUGGGUUUUGAUUCGAGUUGUUGGCAUUUUUCACUACUGAUGAAGUGAGUACACUUUGGCAGCAUGGGUUCUCAGCUGUGUUAAUGACAGUCAGUGCAGUCAGUCUCUGAUGUUCUUCUGGAGAUGCAGAAAGGGAAGGAGCUGGUUUUGUAGAAGAGCAAAUGUCAGAUGGAGAAUCUCCACACUGGUAUUUAUGUCAAGGAUUUUGAUUUAAACUCAAGAUGUAUUCCCAGCAGGUGGUGUAGAAGGAGUAGCAGCCUUUGGGUGCUGAUUCAUGUUUGCAUUCAGUGUAAGAGGCUGUGCUUGAUUGUUGUUCCUCCUGUGUCUGAAAGUGCUCAUCCCUGCCAUUAGGCACAAUAUUCCUCAGGCUGGUGACUGCUCCCAUGAUGACAUCCAAAGGUGACACUGAGACAUAGUCUGUAAUAAUGGGUCACUGCAGCUAAUUGUCACUCUUUCUAUAAAGCACUGAGAAAGCCUCUCUUUGAAUUAACACUGUUCUGCUUUAGGACUUGAAUUAAAUUAUAUUAAAAAAAAAAAAAAAAGAGUUUAUAUGCAGUGCAUGCCAGCUUUGCUUUUAAAAUUGCAAAAUUUAACAGAGUAUGUGGAUCUAUUUUCUUGGGGAAUAGGGAUUUUUAUCAUAUUGUUCAUCCAGGAUUUGCCUUACCCUGACAUUUGUGAUAUAAGUUUUAAAAAAUGUAAAAAUUGAAAAAGGUAAUUUUCUUGACCAAAAAAAAAUAUGUUUUUACUUCAAUGCAAAGAAAUGUAGAAUGUUGCUUGCAAAAUGUCUUCUAAUAGAUGGUCUAGCAGUUAUAUGGAUUAACAUAUGCCUUCCUUGUUACUUUGUCAUUGACAUGCUGAACCUGAGUCUCGUUACUUUCCUUGUUGUAACCUAAGAACCAAUGCCUUCAUAACUACCUUGUUAAAGCAAAUAGUUAAUAAAGCUUCUCCUGAAGACAA